GGAAGACGGGGGGGUGGCUGGUGUUAAGAUGGCGGUGCAGGCCGUGUACCUGGAGGCUGACGCCUUCUUGGUGUGCUUGAACCAUGCGCUGAGCACCGAGAAGGAGGAGGUCAUGGGGCUCUGCAUCGGCGAGGUUGACACCAGCCGCAUCGUGCACAUCCACUCCGUGAUCAUCCUGCGCCGCUCGGAUAAGAGAAAAGACCGUGUAGAAAUAUCACCAGAGCAGCUUUCAGCUGCCUCUACUGAAGCGGAGAGGUUGGCUGAAAUGACGGGACGUCCCAUGAGAGUUGUGGGCUGGUAUCACUCUCAUCCUCACAUUACUGUCUGGCCAUCACAUGUUGAUGUGCGCACACAAGCCAUGUAUCAGAUGAUGGACCAAGGUUUUGUAGGGCUUAUCUUUUCCUGCUUCAUUGAGGACAAAAACACAAAGACAGGCAGGAUUCUCUACACCUGUUUCCAGUCCAUUCAGGCCCAAAAGAGCUCCGAAUAUGAAAGGAUCGAAAUUCCUAUUCAUGUUGUCCCCCAUGAAACCAUUGGGAAGGUGUGUCUGGAAUCAGCUGUAGAGCUGCCCAAGAUCCUUUGCCAAGAAGAACAAGAUGCUUACAGAAGAAUUCACAGCCUCACCCAUCUAGACUCCGUAACCAAGAUUCAUAAUGGCUCAGUGUUCACAAAGAACCUCUGCAGCCAGAUGUCAGCCAUCAGUGGGCCACUGCUUCAGUGGCUGGAGGACAGACUAGAGCAGAAUAAACAGCGGGUGCAGGAUCUGCAGCAGGAGAAGGAGCAGCUCCUGGAGGAACUCGCUGCUUUAGAAUGAAAGAGAAAAUGCAGCCCCUUCAGAAAAGAGACAUGAGAGAAACUCUACAAGACCUACAUCUGGCUGAAGGGUGGCCCGACAUUGCCUUACAGAGAAGAUGCUAGCUAUGCCUCUUCUUGCCCCAGGCAGCAAAGAGCACUUCUACAGGAUAAGGGUUAUCUGCCCCACCUUGAUGGAAAGCAGUGGUAUCUCUCCAGGUGAUGCACGAUGCAGUGCAAUCACAGCUCAGUAGUGCGGUUGGGCAGCACCUGAAGGUACAUCAGUUCUGGAGAGCACACACCUAGGGAACAUGCUGUUUCUCCCUCCCCUGUGUUUUGACAGAAGUCUUGUUGCUUUACAUGUAUUCCAGGAGCCUAGAACAGGAGGGUUAGAGAGGAACAAUAUGUCCCUGCAGUCAUAGCUGAUGCUGCCAACUUCUGCCUUCUUUUAGUAGCUUCAGUUGACUGUGAUCUAGUAACAGAUUACUGGUUAUCCACCCAGGCAGGUAGGAGGUGGGAGGGAAGCUUGGGAGGAAACCUGGAAGAACUUUGACAGUAGUAUCUGUGUUCAGCAUACUUGAAACCAAAUAAAGAAUUCCAAAGCCAGA